AUGGCGAACUAUGGAGACCCAUGGAGAUGCCGCUUCUGCAUGCGGAUGGUCAGCCCAACAGCAGAUUGCUGUGGAGGUUGCUGGGGUUCUUGGACGAUGUGCCACGACCCCACUUACGUGCACAAGCAGCCCAUGAGAAAAGAUGCUCCACCAGGAUAUGCGCAACAGGAAUGGUCAGAGACGCCAUGGGGCAACUCCGAGGGCCCAUGGCGUGCGUCCCGAAAAUCUCCCAGGAGAAGGACGCAAUCACCGAGACACAGAAAUGCCAAUUGGAGAGCAAAUUCACGACGGCGACAACAGCCGGAAGAUCCACCGGAUCUGACAGGUGGAAAAGGCCAAGAAAAAGGCAAGACACAAGACAAAGGCGGCGCAACAGCCUUUGGACACUUGCCGCCAUCCACUACUUGGAUAUCGCCACCAGUGGCACCCUUCUCAACGGAGACAGCAGCUCCAGCAUCAGCUUCCACAACAUCGAGCGUGAUGCAGCCCUUUGGCAAGCCACGACAAGACAAGGAGGAUGCGGAACUUCAAGCUCUACGGCAUCUUCAUUCUCAACUACGUGGACAUACAGGGGAGCAGCCAGAAGAGGUCAAGAAAGCACUUGCAAUCGUCGAGGCACAGACAAGAAAGGACGAUGCGAAGAGCUACAAACAGCUCAUUUACAUGCUGACCCAGGCCAGGAAAAAGCUCUCCGACAUCGAAGACCAAUGGGACACUUUCAGAACCCAAUGGUCCGCCUACUUGGACAAUGCCACCAAGAUGUGGACAGCUCACAUCGAUUCCUACGAGGAAGGCGAGACCAAGUUCUACGAGAAGAGGAAGGAAGCUGCCCAGUAUCUCCAACAGGUCCGUGCACAACUGCACGACAUCCAUGUGCGCACUAUGGCAGUGGAGGGAGGCACUGUCCCCUCUGGCGAACUCCAGGAAGGACAGACGGCCUUAGAUGCGACCAUGACCAUCAUGGACAUGGACGAUGCCACACCACAGCCACAGCUAGACCAGUUGAAGACGGACUUGAAAGGUGUCGUACAAAAGGUGAAAGACACUAUCGAGGAAAAGAUGCACAAACGACCUUUGGCAUCAAGAAGUGGAGAUGGAGAAGAUGAGGCCAGUGGGGUGACAGUUCCUAUCACUCACUGGAGAGGCGAAGGGCGACAGCACCGGCGUGACCGAUUCCGCCGGUUGACCUUCUGGCCAACUGUUGAUGCAGUGACCAUACAAGGAGGUACCAUUUUUGAAGUUUGCAGAUUUCCUCGUGAGUCUGAGUUUGGAGUUGACGCAUGUUCGAACGGCAGUCCUUGUGGGUUUUUGGACUACCUUCAGCCUCCUCCACAUUCUAUCAUCACUGAGGAUGACUAUGUCAGCCACUGGGAUGCCCAACAAAGAGCUCUGUGGCUUGAAGUUUCAGUACAAGCCCCAAUUUUGGCUCCACACAUGGACAAGCUGUUCUUUGAGAACUUCAUCCGUGACCGAAGGCAUCCAGUACCAUAUGAAGAUCUUCUUGCCCUGGGCAUACUGCCUAGUUCAGACGGUUCCUGCCCAGCGAAACCAAAAUAUCACAGACAGAAUCGACCUGAUCCAAAUGAAGUACCAAAUCUUCCAGAUCCACCGAAUGAAGAAGAACCUGGUCAACAUGGAACAGGAGCAGCAGAUCGGAGGCUACCCCUGCACCGCUUUCCAGCUUGGGUCGAACAAGUCUGGAACGUUUUGCAGCAGGAAGGCGCCACAGAACUGCUUGAGGAAGGCCCAGUCAUCUACCUGGACACCUUCUAUGUCAGCCAUGACACUUGUCGACGACAAAACGUCAAUCGACCUCUACGACUGGAUCAACACUAUGAUCAAUGGGCAGAAAUGAUCAAGGAGAUCUGGGAUGACUAUUUUGACAGGAACUCAGAAUUUGAAGUCUUCCUGGUCGCACCAGAGCCACCCAUUCCACUCACAAGAGGCACGGUUGGCAUCCUUUUGAUUGUCCAACAUCCACACAGAGGAUUGGCCGCAGCCAUGACAACAGUCUCUAUUGAUGACAUUGCAGGUCAGAGACUGGAAGAAUCGGCACAUUCCUUCGAGACACAAGUUCCUUUUCAGCAAGUUCUACGACAAGCGAGAAUCUUGACUGAAUGUCUCGAUAUCCAAAGACAAGGACAUGGAUCAUGUACACUACGGGUAGGCGAAAGGAUCCUACCCCCAGAUCAGCCCAUCAGAAUCAACGAUGGUUUGGGCCUUGUCAUUGAGGUCCCCAUGGUCAUUGAUGAUGCCCGAUGGCACAACAAUGUUCUGCCGCGCUGGCGUGAAGCAGGACUUCCACUGCCACCUCAACCUCAGGCUGACAAUGCUGCUGAUGAAAGCAGCCUCAUGGCACGACGUCCACAACCAAGGAGGCCAUCAUCCAGUGAUUCUUUGUCACCACCCAGCUCGGUGAACACAGAGACUGAUGAAACAAUGACUGAAUAUUCAUCAGAUGAUGAAUGGAGAAGGGCGGUUGUCUACACUUUGGAUGGGCAAUCGCGAUCAGCUUUGCUUCCAUGGCGAGAAGGCGAAGAACUUCACCAACGAGUGGCCCUUGCGUUUGACAUCGAAGCCUCUACAAUCCUGCAAUUGUACCACAUUGGCUUCAGGCCUUCUGACCUUGAACAAGUUGGUCUGCAGGGAUUACUUCUCCAACGCCUUCAUGAGCCCAGGACAGCUCCAAAUCUACAACUCAUCCUUCUAGAUCUUGAAAUCCAUGAUGAUGAUGAGAUCCUGCCGGGCAUCUUCAGAAGAAAGGCGUAUUGGGCACCGAGGAUUACAACGAUCCUGACCCUUUUCCGACUCCUUGGAAUCGAGAACUUCCUCAACCACCAUCAAAGUCGGUGUCACAUGUGGCACAAUAAUGGCCAUGUCGACAUUACAGGCACCUAUCCACUGCAUAUCGCAGAUGGUGAUUAUGUUGAAAUCUUCAUCGGUGACAUCGAUUGCCAUGAAACUCUACCAGCAGAGCAGGAUGAACAUUCUCUGUUUAGUCUGGAUCGAGGCAGAAGUCACCGUAUCACAGAAGCUCACAAGGUUGCCACUUUCCCACAAACGUCAUGUGACAUUGGACUUCAUCGCCGAAUGCCUAGAAGAAUCCAACGGCCACAACGCGAUGAUGAUGAUCAAGAGGAACAAGAACGAAGAGCCAUUUGGAAUCGACCUCAACUUCAUGGACGAGGCCUCAACAAUGAACCUGUUCUCAUUGUCGACACCUGGUUCCUGAGUGCUCUCAAUUUUCCGAGAUGUUCAACUCACAGGACGAUUGCAUUACCACAAGAUCUUGCACAGUGGGAUCAUCAAUUGAGAAGCCUAUGGAGAGAUAGACAACAUCCUCAUUGGCCCUUGAAACUCAUCAUUGUUGAACCAGCUCCUCGACCACAACCUCAUCAAAGUCAUGGAGGACACGUCAUCAUUUUGCAACAUGAACAUCCAGGUGAAGCUGCAGUUUUACUUAGCAGUUAUCAUGGAGCACUUCAUGAUCGAUUUGCUCAACUGGUUCCCUCCGUCCUUGACUUUGACAGAUUUUUGUGGUUUCAAGAUCAUGAAAAUGACUGCCCACGUGAAGACUGGGUAUGCAGAGGAUAUCAUGGAGAACACCAAAUGCCAGAGCAUGCACCAUGGCAAUGCACUCAUGGCCAGCAUCUCGAACUCUAUGUGCAGAUCCCGUCCGAUGAUGUGACAAUGUUUAUGCAAGCAGCGCAACAAAUGCGGAAAGACCCAGUUACAGCAGUCAAACCACGCUGUCAUGCUCUGGGUCUCCCACCACCCAGUGGUGAACAAACGCGAUUUGCCUUCAAUGCCAAUGCAGCUCCCUUUGUCCCUGGACAAGGUGAUAUUCUUGGCCAGCCGGAAGUCAUCCAGGACAUACACCUGCACUGGCAAUUCGCGUCAUUUGCAUGGGAAGAUGAAUCUCCGUCAUCGACAGUGGCUAUCUGGUUCGUCGAUCACACCUGGCAUUGGCCUCAUGGAGAUCGUUUCAGGACAGCCAGACUUUACCCGGACUAUACGCAGUGGCAAGAUGUCAUUCUCCGAACGUGGCAAGACCAUCUUCAACCAGGGGCACCUGUCGAAAUUAGUUUGGUUCGACCCACUCCUGCUACCCAUGCACAAGAUAUUUGCUGCCAUGUUGUCAUUGAGCAGAAUCCUAGACCAGAUUGGGUCACAUCAGUUGUCAGCGUUUCCGACGAGGAUCUGAUGCAAGAGACACCUUUCCGAAUCAUGGCCAUUACCACGCACGAGCACAUUUUGCUCGACAACAUCCUCUUAGUCCUUGGACUUCAUGGACAAUGCACUGGGGAAAAUGCGAGGUUUCAAUGCAACGCUUGGUUUGACACUCUGAUUCUACAACUGGGUCGACCCAUUCCAGGUAGAAGUGGAUAUGGAAUCAAGCUUACACUCACCCAACGUCCACAGCAAGCAGUUCAACCUCCAGGUGCUGGGCCGGUACUUCUCCAGUUGUCAGCUUUGGUCACCAAAGGCCCUUGUGCAGAGGCAUCUUGCGAGCGCCUAACAACUGACACGGCAAUUGAAACUCCAUCAAUAUACUCUGCAGAAGAUGUAGAAGAAGAACUCACUGCAUGGGGAAUCUCGUGCAAGAUCUUUCUCUGUGGCGGACAUGAUGUCGUUUUCGCACACUUUGCAGCAGAACCAACAUCACACCAUUGGCGGUAUGUCUACUGCAACAUGGACAUCACGCACAGCUCUCCAGUAUUGACCCAGGUCACCACCCACCCACUCUGUGAGAUCGACCACAUGAAGUUUCUAUGCCAACAAGGAUUCUCGAAGGCAGUUCUUCACCUCCCGGAGCAAUGGACUGAGCACAUCACUUGCGUACAUUUUGAAGAUGUUUCGCCAAACCACGAUGCUCCAACAUAUCGUUCACGAGCAAGAACACCAUGGCCCAGUCGACAACCGACAAAAAUAGACAUGACUCUGCCAUUCCCGGACUUGAAGAGUCUUCCAGAGCCUUCUGAGUGUCUCCUUGAGAUUGACAUGGAGACUUUGACAACCUUCCUUGAGGAUAAGGGUGAAUGGCUAUGGCAAGACUAUACUGUCUUUGACCUUCCUGACUUCAUCAAAGCUGCACUUGACUCAUGUGAACCUAUCCAACGGAUUGAUCGAUAUCUUGUUUACACAGACGGAUCAUCUCAAACACGACAUCGACACAAACCACCCCUUUGGGUAGCAGAAAAAGACAUGAGUGACUCAUGGGCAUUUGCAGUCUUUGCAGAAGAAUAUGCAGAAGAUCCACAACAGCCAUCCAAAAUACAAUUUAUUGGCCUUCAGUGCCAGGUUGUUCUCUACGAAGAACAAGCCUCACACUGGAUCGGGACCGACAAGAUCGGAUCCGACGCGGCCGAAACAGAGGGUCUCUUCUGGGCCGGCAUGUGGAGGCUGGCGCAGAACCACAGAGUCCCCACUACGUUCCUGACGGACUCAUGUCUCGCAGGGGACCAGGCCGCGGGGAGGAUCGACACGGCUGACAUCAAUGACCCUUUUCGCAAUCUACGAGCAGUGUAUCAGGCGCUUGCAGCUUAUUUGCCUGGCGACUUUCUCCGAGUUGAACAUGUCAAGAGUCACACGGGCGACCCGUUCAACGAGCUAGUGGACCACCUUGCGAAGAUUGCUGGCAGCUCCAAUCUUUGCCUACCUCGUCAACCAGUUCAUAUGCCACGUUUCAGACAUGUUCUUCCACAUUUAUGGAUGGCAGUCGCGGAUCAAUCGGACAUGCCCACACUGACCACCAGAGGCCUCGAUGUCAAGCCAAUCGCCUUGCCACCACAAACCUCGACAGGGAGACAAGCACCGUCAUCAAGAUCUUCCUUGCCGGGCUACUUCACCAGAGGAGACUUUGUUGUGGUCUCACGAGCCCCUAGACAUUUGCUUGUUCAUCUCCUCAACGAGCAUAUUGACCUUUGGUUGCUUGCUGCACAUGCGCCACACAGCGGCACUCCCAGUUCCGACAGGCUACAUUGGUGGAGCAGCCUGUCUCAAGUUGUGGCUGAUCAUGUCACAGGAGACAAUCUUGUCGUCAUGCUGGAUGCCAAUGCUGCAACAGGUGCUGCUGAUGGCCAACAUGUCUUUUCCCAAGACGACAAGACGUCAGCCAAUACUGAACCCUUCAGAGAAUUUCUGCGCGAACAUGCGCUCCUUGCACCCUCCACUACUGAUGUACAUCAAGGAGAACAAGGCACAUGGGUCAGUCCACUGGAUGAUUCGCUACAUCGCAUUGAUUAUGUUCUGAUUCCCUGCAACUGGAAACCAUGGUGCACCCUCUCAGAGAAUUUGAUCAACUUGGAUUUUGGACAUCUGGGAGACCACACGGCCACGGCGAUCCAAUUGGAGUGGACAGAAGAGGUAUCAUUGCCGUCGAGAGCUCAGAAGACACGAGGUCAUGCUAGACAAUUGAUUCCACAAGCUGAUCUUGGUGACGCACUUCUGCAAUAUCGACCUCUUCAAUGGGGCACGGAUAUCGAGACACAAGUGAACCAUCUCAACCAACAUCUUCUUCAAACUCUUCAUGAACACUGUCCACCCAUUCGACAGGGUCCAAAGAAGAGCUUCAUUGAUGAGGAGAUUUGGAACACUCGAUCCAUGAAGUUGGCUCUUCAACGAAAAGGUCGCCGACUCCGACGACAGGCCUCAAUGGAGCUUCUUGCCCAAUGUUUCACAGGCUGGCGCAGCACACCCAAUGACGAGGACAUAUGGGCAUCGUGGAGAUAUGGCAUCACACUACAAGUCCGAUUUGUGAGCAAUCGACUGCAACUGUGGAAGACCGCACGUGUUCUCCGAAAUCGACUUGCCCGAGCCAAACAACGAGCUGUCCAGACUGCCAUCAUGGACUUGCCUGAUGAUUGUGCCGCCUCAAAGAUUCUCCACACGCUCAAGCCCCUCAUUGGAACCACCAAUCCGAAAUUACGCAAGAUGACGCCUCUUCCACAAAUUGUGAAAGAUGAUGGCAAACCCUGCACCAGUCCAGAGGACCUCAGGGACCAGUGGAUUGGAUUUUUUGGAGCGAUGGAAGGUGGAGAGCGUGUGUUCGAAGAUGAUGCUGCCACAGGUCUGUAUCCCCCGGCUGAAGCCAACUCCAAGAUCCAGCAUACCCUCUUAGGGCCAACCUGGAUGGACGACCUAUGUCUUACGCUCUCACAUGAGACAGCAAAUGGGGUCGUCAGCCGGGCUAGCACAGCCGCCAGUGUGCUCUUGGAAACAUGCACGUCACAUGGAGUCACACCGAACUUGGACAGAGGCAAAAGUGAAAUUCUUCUCACGCUUCGGGGUGCUGGCUCUCGACGACUUCGACUUCGAUAUUUUGGUGCUGAACAAGGACGACAGCUGCCCAUCCUCACAGAAUAUGGCCUUCAGCAUAUUUCCAUUAUUGGGCACUACACCCAUCUUGGAAGCAUCGCGCAUCAUUCAGGACUUUCUCAUCGUGAAGUGCGACGCAGAAUUGCCAUCGGCAAUGCAGCCUUUGCGUCACAUCGCAAAUUGCUCUUCCAAAACCACGGCUUUACUGUCAAGAGGAGAGGUGAGCUAUUCCAGUCGCUUGUCACCAGCAAAAUCACGUACGGUCUGGAAUCUUGGACAUUCCACGACAAGAAGACCAAGGAGUAUUUCCGGGCGGCCAUUCUUCGACUUUACAGAAGACUGCUCAAGUUGCCCAACACUGCUAAACUUCAAGACUGCGAAGUCUUAGCAGCAACACAACUUCCAGCGCCAGAAGUGAUGCUGCGGAUUGCGCGUCUUCGCUACCUUGGACUCUUGUACAAAUGUGAGCAAGUCACUCCAUGGGCAGUCCUACGUGCUGAUCAUGAUUGGAUGAUGAUCAUUGCGGAGGACCUGAACUGGUUGUGGACUUUGAUCGCUGACACAUGCAAGCUACGUGAUCCUUCCCAACAUUUUGAAGAUUGGGAGUAUGUGCUCCGCUACCACAGGAGGUACUGGAAAACACUCCUACAGCGAGGAGCGACAUUGAGUCGAUUGAAAACAGAAGAUGAAUUGCUGUUGCGGCGCCUUCACUAUGACAUUUUCAACAUCUUGACUGAGCAUGGCACUUUGGCCCAUGCACCGAUCAAGCCACACCUUGAUCCAGAACAACAAGCCCAACAUUUUGGGUGCAUGCAUUGUGCCAAACGCUGCCGCUCCAAAGCCGGGGAGGGCGCACACAUGUUCAAGGUCCAUGGCAUUGUUGCAAAGGAACGCCAAUUGAUUGCAGGCACGUCAUGUGAAGCAUGUCUUGGUGAAUAUCAUAGUCACGACAAGCUCCAACAACACCUUCGCACAUCUCAAUACUGCAGGAUGAUUCUGAACUCCAGACCUCCACAUCGAAUUCUGGCGCCAGGAAUGGGAUCCAAAAUCAAUGCAGAAUUACGCGACAGACACGAUGGUCUUCUUCCUGUCCAACGUGCACAAGGACCGCAAUUGCAGCCGCAAGCGCUCCGACCACCUGAAGCACAUCAUGUGCCUCUUUUUGAAGACUUGGUUUUGACCAUCUAUGAGACUGUCGCCAACGACAUUGAUGGCCUCUUCACCAUUCUCCAGAAUGUCAUCACGCGCCACUAUGUGGGAUGGACGAUGACAAAGAUAACGCUGGCGCACACUAUUGAGGCCUUUACCGAGGAAGCAACAAUGGAUGUGCCCUUUACUCGCAAGCAGCUACAUGAUGUCUUGCGACAAUUGGGCGAUGCUACCUCAUGGAAAUUUCUCCUGGACGAGGACCACGAGACGGCAGAUGGUACACAUAUGUACUCACUGGAUCUUUAUGAAGGCUGGUGUGAAGAUCUCCUCACCAGAGAGGAAGCAUGGACACGCGCAGAGCCUCGUUGUCCUAG